AAAUGCUGCCAACCUGUUUCCACUUCUUUUUUUCUUUUAGAAAACAAAUGCGUUUGUCACAACCACAGACUGUGGUCACACAAUCUCAUCUUAACCCAGAGAAAUGUCUGUAAAACUAGUUUAUACUGUUUGCAUUGUGCUGUAUGUGUUGAAAGAGAAAGAAGGGUAGGAACGUGACAGACAACGUGAUUGGCAUAACUUUACUGAACUAUGAUUGGUUAACGCUUUAGUGGCUCGUUUGCGUUUAGGUGACUGCGUUGUUUGUUAGUUUGUCAUUAAAGACUGCACCACAACAAAUCAACCGCGAUGGCAACUAACACCAGAAGCCGUGAAUCAGCAAAUACAACAGAAACUGAUGGCUGGAUUCAAAGUAUGAAUUUUAAUCUAGAGUAUGAAAUGAACCACGCGAGGCGAGGAAUGGCUCUCAUCUUUAACCAGAAAAGUUUUGACUGGAAGCUCAAAAUGAAAACCCGCAAUGGCACAGAUGCAGACAGAGACAGGCUUGUUAGCAGAUUUGAAGAGCUGGGUUUCGAAGUGAAGGCUUAUAAUGAUUAUAAUCGGGAUAAAGUUUUGUCGGAAAUAAAUAAAGCCGCUGCUGCUGAUCAUUUAGAUGCAGACUGCUUCGUCUGCAUCUUUUUAAGUCAUGGGGAAGAUGGCCAUGUUUAUGCUGAAGAUGAGAAGAUCGAUAUACCUGAAAUCACUGAUUUGUUCAAGGGGGAUAAAUGUCGUAGUCUUGUGGGUAAACCUAAGAUCUUCAUCUGGCAGGCUUGCCGUGGUGACAAAAAGGAUGAUCCUGUGACUCCAAUGAGUGUGGAGGACAGUGAUGAUGAAAUGGAUGUAGAUGCAGGAGUGCUUCACACCCUUCCAGCAGGAGCAGAUUUCAUUAUGUGCUACUCAACAGCUGAAGGAUUUUGCUCUUUCCGCGAGCCCUCAAAUGGCUCAUGGUACAUUCAGGAUCUGUGUGAAAUCUUGGGGCUUCAUCAUUCAGAGCUGCAGUUCACUGACAUCCUGACGCUUGUUAACAUGAAAGUUUCAUUGCGCACUGUACCAAACUGCGGGAAUAGCAUUAGUGGCAAAAAGCAGAUGCCUUGCUUUGCAUCCAUGCUCACAAAGAGGCUGUUUUUCAGACGCAACCCCCAGACGUAAUAUUAGUGUUUUACUCCAUGGCAGUUUCAAAUUCAGCCAUUAUAUCAUUUUCCUUUGGUGGGUUUGAUUUUGCCAAGAAAUUAUCCUGGAACAUCAUUUCUGUUUGAAAAUGUAAUCCAUAUCUAAUCUUUCCCCUAAACCUAACUUUAAAUAAGUCCUCAAAUCCGAGAGGAUUAAUAUUGGAUGACAAUGAUGUAGAUGCACAUACUUAACAUAAACUGUAAAUUUAUCCCUUAAAUCUGAUUGGCUGAUUGUAAUGUUGUUCCAGGAGCAAGAGUUUGUUUUAUUUUUAUCUUAUUACUGAUUGGACCUGUCCUUUUGAUUUUGUGUUCUAUCAGAUGGCACUUGUUUUCUGGAGACUAAAAGUAUUUUGACAUGACUUCAGACACUAUCUGACAAAGAACAAAAUCACUGUUUGGAUUUAAAUAAGAAAAUACUAAACAAAACAAAAUCUGAUUGAAUGGGUCUAGAUUGUGGUGAUUAACGCAAUAAUGGGAUGUUUAAUAUUUGGCUGUUUUAACCUGUUCUGAUGCAGUGUAUCACUUUAUUUAUUAUAAAAAUGUGUUGUGUUCAAAUUGUGGAAAACAAAUGCUUCUACAUAAAAUAGAUAUUUCUGAUGCAUUAAGUAUUUUGGUCACUGUGUAAUUGCAUGUCUUUUGACCUGUUGUUCUGUAUUAUUUGGUUUUUUUUUUCUCCAGUUUUGUCAUACAUUGCACUUGCUUUGUAAAGCCUAAAAUUGAAGUAUGUGAUCUUUUUCCUAUCUUGUGUGACUAUUCUGACCUGUUGGAAUGUGCAUUUCCAACAGGUUCUACAUCUGACCUCUGCUAGGAUAUACAAGCUAUACAUUCCUGCAUUUCUCUUGAUUGACUUUUAAAAAAGUAUGUAUUUAUUCCUGAUUUGUUGUCUUUAAGACCGCACCUAAAAAUAAACAGGGCUUUCGUAAUACAUGUUUUGUGACAACAUACAGAACAUCCAAAAGAAUGCAAAAACUGGCCCUUUUCUGGUCCUAUUUUAGGUUUGUUUAGAUGUCAUUGGUGCAGUUUCACUAAAAUAUAAACACAACACUGACCAGAGUUUGUUUGGAAGUGGUCUCAAUUGGCUUGUUUAGUGUACAUAAUAGUUCAGUUCACAUAGCAGUGUUUUCAUAAACAAAGUGCUUCCGUUAGAGUGGAUUUAAUUAACCCAUACUUGACAAGUGUGCACACAUAAUGUAAUGCAGAGAUGCCCAAACUAGGGGCCGCGGGCCAAAGUUGACCCAUGAUAACCUGUGAUAUAGCCCACCAUCUCACCUGAGACGAGAGUGAGAAUGAUGGGCAGGGGUCUUUUACAGAGAUCGUCAUUUUUAAUGUAACCUUUUUUGUUUGUUUG